AAUUAUGCAACAGCUUUAAGCAAUACCAAAUAAGUUACUUAAGAACUAAAAGCAUCACAAAGUCCAAAUAUGCCAAAGUACAUUCUUUAUGAUUUCAUUUGCUAAGAAGUACCGGCUUCAUGUUUUAAGAGUGUAAAACAUAAAUGUACACCUUCAGAAUUCAAGAAUCAUUUUGAAUCUCUGCUGCAUCAUCAUGUCUAAAACUCAAUUCAGAUUUGAAGACCUUUUGGAAGAUGUUGGCAAUUUUGGAAGGUUUCAGAAAAUGACAUUAUCUCUGCUAUGUUUUGCAGAUGUAAUCUUGCCACUGCAUUUUUUACUCAACAACUUUCUAGCAGCAGUUCCUUCACACCAUUGUUCUAUCCCAGUCUCAGACACUCUGAAGAACCUAACAAAAGAUGAUCUGCUGACCAUCAGCAUCCCAAGGAAAUCUGAUGGAACACUUAGCUCCUGUGAGAUGUUCUCUGAACCACAGCUGUAUCUGCUGUCUAAUACAUCACAGGCAAAAAGCAACAGUUCUUCUGUUAAACACUGUCAAGAUGGAUGGGAAUAUGACAGAAAUCAGUUCAUUUCUACUACUACAACAGAGUUUAAUUUGGUGUGUAAUUCAAAGGGACUAAACCAGGCAACAGUCACCUUCUUCUUCAUUGGAUUGAUGCUAGGAGCUUUUCUGUUUGGAUUCUUGGUAGACAAGUAUGGAAGAAGAAAAAUGCUUGUAGUUGCAUAUUUUAUCUCUGCAAUAUGUGGUACAGGAGCAGCAUUUUCAACAUCAUUCAUCUCUUUUGCUAUAUUAAGAAGUAUGACAGGAGUGAGUAUGGCUGGGCUGUCUUUAAUUCCUAUCACAUUAGGUGUGGAAUGGGUGGGGAUUAGAUACCGGACCCUUUCUUCUAUUACUCUCAGCCUUUGUUGGAGCCUUGGGAAUACUCUUUUGGCACUUAUUGCUUACUUCAUCAGAGACUGGCAUUGGCUGAUGCUUGCUGUCACUGUCCCUUGUUAUCUUGGCAUCAUUCUUUGUUGGUGGACUCCUGAAUCUGCAAGGUGGUUGAUAACCAAAGGGGAGAAUAAGGUAGCAUUCAAAUACCUGUCCAAAUGUGCAAAUAUGAACAAGAAAACCCGCUCCAUUGCAGUAUCAGAAGAAGUUCUCAGAAAAGUUGUUGUAGCAGAAAAUGUUAACAAACAUUACACUUUUGUGGAUCUCUUUAAAACCUCAGCAAUAAGAAAAUUAGCUUUAUGUUCUGGAACUGUUUGGUUUGGUGUGGCUUUUGCAUACUAUGGGAUCAGUCUAAACAUCACUGGGUUUGUAACUGACAUGUAUCUGACUCAUUUAAUCUACGGUCUCGUAGAGUUUCCAGCCAAGCUACUCACUUACUUCUUUUUGGCAAAAAUUGGUAGAAGGUGCUGGCAAAGCUCAACAUUAUUAGUUACUGGACUAUGCAUUGGAAUCAACAUAUUUAUUCCCAAAAAUUUGGGCUAUGUUCGUUCAAUAAUUGCCGCAGUUGGGAAAGGUUUCUCAGAGGCAUCCUUCUGUACUGCUUUCCUCUACACAUCUGAGCUGUAUCCAACUGUUAUCAGACAAAAUGGCCUUGGCUUUUCAUCAUUUAUAGGACGUUUAGGAGUGUCAGCAGCUCCGCUUGUGAAGCUCCUGGAGGACAUCUGGCAGCCUUUUCCAGAUGUGAUAUAUGGCACAGCAGCCAUCAUCAGUGGGAUUGUGGCAUUUCUGUUGCCAGAAACUUUGAAUGCAAAUCUGCCUGAGACCAUUGAUGAUAUUGAGAAGCAAAGGUAUGGAAAGCAAUCUUCUUGUACAUCAUCUAAGGAAGAUGCAAAUGUUGCAGUCCUAAAAGCACUAAAGCCUCUGAAUCCACAAGAGGAGUAAACUUUCACACCACUUACUCCAGUGAAUGCAUUUUAAGUACACCAGACAGCAGUCACAACCUUUUGAAUAACUUUGGAAUUUAACUAUGUGACUGAUAGUUCAUUUCUGCAACCAUGACAAUGAAACAACUGUUGGCAGUAGGUGACCACCACUCACAAGCUGCUGUAAUAAAUAAAUUAGAAAGUUUCUAUGGAUUUGUGAAUGUUCUUUGCAAGAAGUGAACCUAUCUGAGAUAUUUCACUGCGUUUAAACGUAUCAAGCAGAUAGUAGAUGCCAUUCCAAUUCAUUUACAUCAGGAGAGUAUUCAGAAUGUAAUAACCUAUUUUUCAGUUAACCAUUCCUUUACGUGCUUUUCCCAUUUACUUUGGUUAAAAUUGUGAAAACUGCUGAUGUGCUUCUUUGUCAGAAAAUAUCUUACUAGUGUAGAAUGACUACUAACUCAAAUUAAUUUCAGACAUUAGCUCCCAGCUGAUAUUUUAUUCAUAUUGUUUGACUCCUAAAUCUGUUACAAGUACUGAUUCAUCCUCUAUAAUCUUAUGUAUAACAUGGUGCACCUCUGACCUCUUUGUUUGUACUUUUAACUUGGUCUUUCACCUUAUAAGGAAAAAAGAGUUUUGUUGUAUCCACUUUAAUAUUCAUUUGAUUCUGGGUAAGUGGGAUUUUAUGCGUAACUUUAUUUAUGUCAGAGAUAUUCCAAGUGCAAUUAACUGAAGGCUGCAGUACUGAAGGAACAUUGUUUACUGUGCACUGCUGUUUAAAAACUAGCACUUUAUGCUGGAUUUACUGACAUAAUUGUUAAAACUACUGUUUAGGAUUGUUUGUGUGGAGCCAGGGUACCUUUUAUUAUGUCUUUUAUGUUGUCUUCUAGCUAGAAAGUAAGAUUUGCUUGUUAGCAUUAGUAAUACCUUUAAGCUCCCUGGAAAUGUUAUAAAUAAACUGUUCAUUUUUGCACAAUUGCUUUA